AUGAGUCAAUCUCAUCGGAUUCGCCGUCGAAUUCGAUGCCUUGUGAUCUAUAUUCGAAUUGUUGGAGACUUCCAUCGGCAGAUUCUUCAUCAACAACAUCCGAUGGGAUACAAUCCACGCAAUAUGGAAAUGGAGCAGUUGCGAAAAACGAUGAAGAAGAAUUGGAAGAUCUAUCAUCGUCUAAUGAAGUAUCAUAAUCUAUUGAUUAUUCAAAAUGAUGCAUGGGCGGCGCUAAUUGAAGGAAAUCCAGAUGAAGAAGAGAAACACAAACGAUAUGUGGAGUCCAAUGGAAAUUAUAUGGAAGUUCUUGGAGAUUGUCUCCGAACAAUUCGUCAUUGCAGAAGAAUUUAUGAGGCAACUGUGAGAGAAAUCAUUCGACGAUGUCCAGAUUCUAUGUUGCCCCUUUGUCUUGAUCAUUAA